GGUUUGAAAUUUAAAAGGUGUUUGUGGGUGACGUUAGCAAAAAGAAGCGGUUGAAGGGCACGGCUACAAUUUUGGAAAGUUGAAUUUGAAAUGAGGCGGGUCCUCCUAUUCCAUCCCGCAGCAGCAGUAAACAAAGGAGCUUGCUCUUGAGCAAAUCAGAAUCAGAAUCAGCUAAAAAUGUGGAAGGAAGCUCGAACAUCCUUUCGAAGAAACCCUCAAAGCGAAACGAACGAGAACGAAUUGGAAGGAUGGCAGAACCCUAUAAACUUUCCACCUCCUCGAACUCCGUUGAACUCCAUAACGGAUCCUUCUCAGUGUCAGGAACUCGAACCUGCUCGCCAGCAUCGAUUUGGGAGUGCGACUCCCAGGCUCUCCGGUAGAGUCGGGAAGCCGCAGUCGGAACCUAAUUCGGCGCAGAGCACGCCGGCUAGAAACGCUUCCAGGGUUUCUCUCGGCGGAGGAAGACCGAGUGCGUGCGCGUUGCUCAAGGAGACGGAAUUCUGCGUCAACGUUCCGCAUUUUGAACUCAAAGACGACCCGUCGUUUUGGACGGAUCAUAACGUGCAGGUGCUGAUUAGGAUUCGACCGUUGAGUAACGUGGAGAAGGUUUCGCAAGGGCAUGGUAGGUGUUUGAAGCAGGAAAGCGCGCAAACUUUGGUGUGGCUCGGUCAUCCUGAAACCAGAUUCACCUUUGAUCAUAUAGGAUGCGAGACCUUAUCCCAGGAAAACCUGUUCAGAGUUGCUGGAGUUCCCAUGGUGGAGAAUUGUUUGUCUGGUUACAACAGUUGUAUGUUUGCUUAUGGUCAGACAGGUAGUGGUAAAACAUAUACCAUGAUGGGCGAGAUUAAGGAAACAGAAGGAUACCUUAAUGAUGAUAGUGGGAUCACACCAAGAGUUUUUGACUAUUUGUUUAUGAGGAUUAAAGCGGAAGAAGAGAGUAGGAAGGGUCACAAGCUGAAAUAUAGUUGCAAGUGUUCCUUUUUGGAGAUAUACAACGAGCAAAUAACUGAUCUUCUUAUGCCUUCAUCAACCAAUCUGCAACUCAGAGAAGAUUUGAAGAAGGGGGUAUACGUUGAAAACCUUACUGAACAUAGCGUGGAAACAGUUUAUGAUGUUCUCAGGCUUUUGUUACAGGGCACUGCAAAUAGGAAGGUGGCUGCUACUCAUAUGAACUGUGAAAGCAGUCGGUCUCACAGCGUUUUCACUUGUAUUAUUGAAAGCCAAUGGGAGAAAGAUUCUAUGACUCACUUUAGGUUUGCUAGGCUAAAUUUAGUAGAUUUGGCUGGUUCUGAAAGGCAGAAAAGCUCUGGAGCAGAUAGUGAACGUUUGAAAGAAGCAGCAAAUAUAAACAAAUCUUUGUCAACACUUGGAUUGGUCAUAAUGACUUUGGUGGACUUAGCCCAUGGGAAGCCUAGGCAUGUUCCGUACAGAGAUUCAAGACUUACGUUUCUUCUUCAGGAUUCUUUAGGUGGAAAUUCAAAGACAAUGGUCAUUGCGAAUGUCAGUCCAUCAAUUUGCUGUGCUAAUGAAACACUAAGCACUCUGAAGUUUGCGCAGCGAGCCAAGCUUAUUCAAAAUAAUGCAAAAGUGAAUGAAGACGCUUCUGGUGAUGUAAGUGCACUGCAGUGGCAGAUUCAACAAUUGAAGGGUCAACUGUCCUUUCUGAUGAACGAUAAAUAUUUUCCUACCUCGUCAAAUUUAGAGCCAAAUUCUGAGAAGUUUAGAUUGAGUGAAGUGUCAGAAGGAUAUGACUCUUUGGGAGAAAGAGCAACAGCAGAUCACAACCUACUCAUUCCAAGCAAAGAGAUCAAAUGCAUGAAAGCUGCUUUGGUUAGUGCCCUGAGGAGAGAAAAAAUGGCAGAAACUACAAUCCAGAAUUUAAAGGCUGAAAUAGACCACAAAAAUUGUUUGGUUCGACAAAGGGAAGAGGAUAUUGAACAUACUUCAAGUAUGCUGAGGCAUUACAAGGAGAAAAUCAAACAACUUGAGUUAUUGGUAGAUGGGAAAUUGACAGCUGAGAAGUAUCUCAUGGAGGAAAACAGGGCUUUGCAGGAGGAGAUUCAGUUGCUUAAAGUGAAAAUAGAUAAAAAUUCCGAAUUAUCAACACUUGCUUUGGAGAAUGAUAGACUUUUGCAACAUCCUCAACUAUCUCAAAACACCUAUGAGCAUGGAGAACGGGAAAGAUUGCUGACUGAGUUAUCUGAAUUGCGUGAUCAGCUCCUUGUGAAUCUCCAAGGAAAAUUUACAUUCUCCAUGAAAAAUGAUAUUGAUACUGCACAAGAGCUAGAAGAGUGCCAGAAUAUGAAUUCUAAAUUGCUUAGAGAAGUGGGUAAAUUACAAUCAGAGCUGGGAAAAUAUUUGAAUUACAAUCAAGUUCUGAACACUUUUGACCAUCCCAAUGAAAUUCUAAAGACAGAUAAAUGUUCAUUGGCUGGGACAAUAUCUGUGAGAAGUGAUUCUGGAGAUGAAGUUCUGUCCUCUACACGGGAAGUUAAUGACGAUGCUUUAGCAAAUAAAAUUGAAACAAAAACAUUGGGAGCCUCAGUAAUGCUUGCUAAAGAUAAUGAAUUUAACAGCAACAAAGAGUUAAAGGCAAAGUUAGAAAAAAUGGCCAAGGAUCUUGAAGAAGUACGGUUACUUAAUGACCAAUAUCAAGAGGAAUGGAUAAUACAAUUAUCUCAGAAACAGGAGACCGAAAGAAUCUGUCGAGAGGUUGAGAUGGAGACAACCAAUACAAUUCUUCAGUUACAGGAAGAGCUUUCCCAUCUUCAGUCAGAGUUUGAAGAGAGGUUAUGCACCACUGCUCACGAAAAUACAGAGCUAAGAGAUAUUAUUGCUGAAAAAGAAAAGGAAAUUAAGUCACAGAGUUUAGACUGGGAAAAAGCAAUAUUGGAACUAACAACCUUCCUUCUGGAAGGCUCAAGAUCUCUCAAAGAGGCCUAUGGUCAGGUAAAAAGCAUUUCUUGUUCAUUUCCCCAGGUCAAUUCUUGGAUUUGUGAGCAUGUUGACAUGGCUGUCAAAAAGUAUAUUGAGAAGGAGGAAACAAUUCUCCUGCUACAACAUAGCUUGGAGGAUGCACAGAAGAUGGUAUUGGACAUGGAGGUGAAAUUAAGUUCCUUAAGGGAAGCAACUGUAACCUUAAAUGCAUUUCAACAGAUAGACAAGAAGGAAGACAUUGAGGAGGCAAUUGAGUUACAAGUGUUGUUAAAUGAGAAGACCAAUAUGAUAAGGAUGCUAGAAAAUGAAAUAAAUCAUAAAAGCAAUCAACUUUGUAAAGCAACUAAACAAGCUGAUGCUGCGUUCCUUGUAGCAAAAUGGCUCUCUGAUAAUUAUAAGAUAGCUCACAUGAAUGGUGCUGUUCAAGACGUUUCCAUUCCUGAACUUGAUGUGCAAGGCAAACUUGGAAAUUGUACUAUUUCUGAGAAUCAAGAUGUCCUGAAUAAUUUGAUACUAAAUGAUCUUAAGUCUCAGGUUGAGUUAACUAAACUUGAGGUAAUUGAGAUGGAGAACGCAAUUAAAGCGUCUUUUAUUGAUACAGAAAUACAGACAGAAGCUUUCCAAACUGGUGUUACAGGGCUUACUUCUGCUUACAGGGACUUGAUUCAGGACAUUGUCAAGGAAACUCGGGACAUCAGGAAAGAAAUAAGGGAUAUGAGGAUGUAUCACACGAGUUUUGAGGGUUAUACAGUAGACUACUCAAUAUCAAAUGCAAACAAAUGUCAGGAGUUUGUGAACCAACAUGACAAACUGCAUCAGAUAAAAGAGCAACUUCUUGAAGUGAAUAGAAGAUUGAAUGGCAUCGGGAGUCUUAUUAGCACAGAAGCACAUGUUUCUAGCUUACAAUUAGUUGAUGUGGAUGAAGAUCUUGUAAAUGCUGAUGAAUUGAGCACUGAUAGUUCGUCACUCUCUGAUUUGUCAAGUGAAAUUGAAAACUUUGCUUCUGAACAAACGAUAGACCUAAAAUCUGAAAUAUCCGCUGUAAUUCAGUCUGAUGAUUGCAAAUCAUCAAAUCCAGGAAAGCUCACUGAAAGACCAGUUCUCAACGAAGUAGUAGUGUCUUGGCUGGGUAAAGAAUUAAAUGCCUCAUAUGAUGGUUUUCAAAGACUGUAUCUUUCGUUGUCUGCAUUCCUUCGAGAAUUGGAUGAUGGAUUCUGUUCUUACUCAAAAGAACUGAACAGGGAGGAUCUAUUUUUCCAGUUGAGCUUGCAGAAAGACGAAGCAGAGAGUGGGAAUGACAGAGAGAUAUUCGGUUAUGGGGAGACAAGGCCUGAUGAUCGUUUCUUAACCAAAUUUAUGGAAGCUCAUGCAACAGUGAAGGAAGCUGAUCUUACACUGCAUGCAUUGACAAAAGCAUAUGAAGAUUCUAAACAGUUGACUGCUAUGUGGAAGCACUCUGGUGAAAUCUUGAUGCUUGAGAGAGCAAGCUUGGAAGAAGAGAUUCAAAAACUCAAAUCUUCAGUUUGUCACAAAGAAGAAGAGAAUCAAUUGCUAAAGGACAACAUCCAUUUCAGUUUGAUAGAGAUGGCAAAUUCGGUUUCUAUGCUAGAAGAGCAUUUAUUGCAAAUUCAAACUGAUGUGGAGAAGAAGUUUUUGACAAUGUAUUCUGAUAUUCUUUUGACUGGGCAGGAGAUGCUAGACUUUAUGAAAAAUAUGAGAUCUUUGGUAGAAGAUAUUUUCUCUCAGAUGGUGGGUGGAGGAUCUUUAUCUUUUGUUCUGUACAAUUGCUGUGUAACAGAGCUUGUCAGUAAAUUUGCCUAUGCCACUAUGAACCUUGAUUUGCAAUCAGCCAGACAAGGGGAAUUGCAUUAUUUGGUAAAAAAUUCCUCUAGUGUUGCAGACCCUGUAAUUAGUACGGGCAAUGCAGGUGCGGUGAAAACAGACGAAUGUGUUUUAAUCCAGAAGGUGCCUGAGCAGCCAGAUUUGCCCAAUGUCAUAUUAUAUGAAAAUAUGGCUCUUAGAAAGGAGUUAGAGAGGAAGCAAGUGUUAUUAGAGGGCUUACUAUUUGACUUUAGGCUAUUGCAAGAAUCAGCUUCUAACAGCAAGGACAUUAAGGAUCAGACUGAGAAGUUAAUAUGUUCUCUUAGCCAAGUUCGGUAUGAGCUGGAGACUAAAGCAAGUCAGCUUGAUGAUAUACUGGUUCAGAACAGAAAACUUGAAGGUUCUCUAGUUAAUACCGAGAAAGCCUUAACUACGUCACAAUAUGAGCUUAAACUUGCUAAAGAAUCGAUUGAGAAACUUUCUAAUCAAAAUGUGGAGUUAAGGGAGCUUCUGAAAGAUUUAUAUGCCUAUAAAACUGAAGCUGAAGGUAAAUUGGAUGAACAUAGAGAGGUGAUUAGAGGUUUGGAAAAAGAGAUUACUAAUUUGACAGCUUCACUGGAAAGCCAAUCACUUUCCUUGUUUGAAAGCAUUGAGGAUGAACUAAACCAGGUAAUAAUAGAGAGAGACCAACUCCAUGAAGAAGUUUGUGUCUUGACUGGUAAGCUUGAGAUGGCUUAUUCCUUGGCCGAUGAAAAGGAAGCUAUUGCCAUGGAAGCACAUCAGGAGUCAGAGUCUAGUAAGCUGUUUGCUGAGCAAAAGGACGAGGAAGUCAAGAUUCUGGAACAUUCUGUUGAGGAGCUUGAGUCUACCAUAAAUGUUUUGGAGAAAAAGGUACAUGAAAUGGAUGAGGAGGUGGGAAGACAUCGUUCAAUCAGUGAUUCACUAAGAAUGGAACUCCAAGCUUUGAAAGAGAGAUUAUUGUUAGUUGACAAAUUUCCCAAGAAUGUUGAUUCAGAAAGCACAAGCGUUCAAACUGAUGAGCAGAUAUCUAGGCAACAUAAUGAAGUACUGGAACUUCAUGAAGCACUAAGUCGGAUAAGGUUUCUUGAAAAGGAAAAUGCAGAACAAGAUAAAGAGAUUAAAAGGUGCAAAGAGUAUAUAUCCGAAAUUGUGUUGCAUGCUGAAGCCCAAGCAUCACAGUACCAACAAAAGUACAAGUGCCUGGAGUCCAUGUUCCUUGAAGUGAAAACAGAAACAUCAAAUUCAACGUCAGUGGUACCAGCACCAGAGAAAAAUGAGAAAAUCUCAUUAAGGACAAGAGGUUCGAGCUCACCAUUCAGAUGCAUUUCAAAUCUUGUUCAGCAGAUGAAUCAGGAGAGAGAUCAAGAACUAUCAGUGGCUAGGUUACGUGUGGAAGAACUAGAGACACUUGCAACUAGAAGGCAAAAUGAGGUGUUCGUGCUACAAACAAGGCUGGCCGCUACUGAAAACAUGACUCAUGAUGUCAUUCGGGACCUUCUUGGUGUAAAGUUGGACAUUACCGACUAUGCAAAUUUGAUAGACGAAAACCAAAUUGUGAAAUUAGUGGAGGAGGCUCAGCAUCAUAGAGAAGAGUUCUUAGCAAAGGAAAGAGAGAACCUCGAUCUAAGACAGCAGAUAAAUGAUCUCGUUGAAGACAGAGUGAGCUGCAUAUCGGAACUGAAAACCAAAGAGGCAGAUAUACUUGCUACUCAGAUAGCACUGCAGCAACUACAAGAACGAGAUCAGUUGCUUUGUGCACAAAAUGAAAUGUUGAAGAUGGACAAGACCAAUCUCUUGAGGAAGGUUGCAGAAUUGGAUGACGCGGUAAAAACUCUAGUUGGGACACGAAAUACCCAUCCUCCUCCACAGUCAUCAAAGACUAAGGACAAAGGUGCUUUAAAUAUGGGUACAGUUGGAUCCAGUAAAAGGUUGUCUCAACCCGAACGACGUCUUUCUCGUCUUAAUGACGAGUCUGUUCGUUUCCGCAAAUUUGCUGAUAAUAAUUCACAAGGCUAAAUAAGCUAACUGUACAUACACUCUUCACACGCACGAGAGAGAAGCAUAGUUUUGCCAAAGAAAAAAUGUACGCAUAUCCCAUUUGUUAGGAAAAUAACAUUUGCCAAUUGGCAAGUGUUCUCCUUUAUUAUAUCCCUCACCUCGGGGAGUAAAUUAAGUUCUUAUUUGAUUUGUUCAAGUUUUCAGUUAACAAAUUCCAGGUUGUCAUCUUCAAUUUUCCACCAAUGGUAUUAGUAUGCUCUACGUUCUUUUUUUCUCCUGUAAAAUUUAUCAUCUGAUAACCAAUUAAUU